AUGUCAGCAUAGGGUUUUCUCUAACUUCUGACACCAGUGGCUACGGAGGACGACAUAAUUUUUCCCCCGGUUUUCAAUUUGGGGAAUCAGUGGCACAGUUCAUUGGAUUGGAUGAUAAUGGAGAGAAGGCAAGGUGCAAAGAAUUUUAAAGAUCAACGACAGGUUUACAUGAGUCACAGUGCAGUUAAUUUGUGAAGUCAGUGCGGCCAAAAUUGGCUUCAGAUUACUUGCUUAGUGGCGGGGGAGCGUUUUGUUUUAGCUGAUUUAUGAGACUUUGGACUUUUACAUAAGUGCUGGGCAACUGUUUUUCACUUUGAAGGAGCGAUUGCAAUGCUGGGAGUUACGUCAAUGUCUUACCUUGUUGGCCAAUUGACUCGGUUUGGCACGAGGGUCCAAACCAAAAGUUCUAGUUGCUAUGUAAUGAAACAAAUUCAAAUAUCUAGCCAAAACAUUGCAAAAGGUAUGUCAUCAUUUGAGGGUGAACCCAAGAAUGAAAUAAUGGAAAGGUAUCCAGAGCAAAAAGCUGAAAGUUUAAGGAAACAUCGAAUUGGAGAGAAUGUUUCAAGAAAGGAUAAGAUCAAUUUUCUUGUAAGCACACUUCUUGAUCUCAAGGAUAGUAAAGAAGCUGUCUACGGUUGUCUUGAUGCUUGGGUUGCAUGGGAACAAAACUUUCCUAUUGCUUCACUUAAGAAGGCUUUGUUUGAUCUUGAGAAGGAACAACAGUGGCAUAAAGUUGUUCAGGUUAUUAAAUGGAUAUUAAGCAAGGGCCAGGGAUCUACAAUGGGAACAUAUGUACAACUGGUGCGAGCUUUAGAUAAGGACCGUCGAGCAGAAGAAGCACACAAGUUUUGGAUGAAAAAAAUUGGUAGUGAUCUGCAUUCCGUGCCUUGGCAAUUAUGCAAUAGCAUGAUCUGUAUAUAUUACCGAAACAAUAUGCCGGAGAGGCUCAUAAAGCUUUUCAAAGGCCUUGAAGCAUUUGAUCGUAAGCCUCCUGAGAAAUCAAUUGUGCAAAAAGUGGCAGAUGCCUAUGAGAUAUUAGGCUUACCAGAAGAAAAAGAGAGGGUACUAGAGAAGUACAAAGACCUCUUCACCAAGACAGAGAAAGAGGGUCGGAAAUCUAAGGCGGCAUCUAAGAAAAAAACAAAAUCAAAGCAUCAGAAAGACACUAGUGUUACAGAAGCUGUAGAUGACAUCCAAUAAGGUCAAUAUUAGUGCGAAAUCAUUUCCUCUGUUAUUAGAAUCUUGGGAAAUUCCGCCUUCAUUAUAUGAAUCCUGGGUCAAUUGUUGCCGCAUCCAAAUCUUUCAGGUUAUAUGUUAUUUAAUCUCAAAUGAUGUAAUGGUUUGGUAGAUUGAAAAUAUAAGACAACAUAAGGGAAAGGAUGUUAUUUAUUGCCAUUUACCGGGAUAAUGCUAAUUCUAGCCAAGAAUUGGUCUUCCUUGAGAGUGUCAUUUUUGCAAUUUACAGUUUUCUGUCUUUCUCUUAAUUGGGUUUGUAUUAAAAUUUAAAGAAUGAAGCUGAAUGUUUCUAA